ACAAGAUACCAAUGGAGGAUACGAAGGUCCCGUUUCUUCCUGGUACGGAUGAGUCGCCACUCGCCGGCGUCUCCGACUACCGCGGCCGCCCGGUGUACCGCAGCACAUCUGGCGGCUGGCGCUCGGCCCUCUUCGUCGUCGUGCUGGAGGUCGCUAGCGGUUUCGCCUUCUACGGCGUGCAGGCCAACCUCAUCAUGUUCCUAACAGGGCCUUUAGGCCAUUCUAACGCCGCGGCGGCAAUGGCCGUGAACGCCUGGGUUGGGACGGCCAGCAUCAUGCCACUGCUAGGAGCCUUCGUAGCCGACUCCUGGCUGGGGCGCUACCGAUCCAUCAUACUCGCCUUCACGCUCUACGUCCUGGUAAUGUCUAUAGUUUUAGCUCCAUCGGCAACAGUUGAUUAGAGUGGGACCACAACUCCUGAAAUUCGUUUCUACAAUAUCAUGCAUAGUUCUAAAUCUUAAACUGUAGUCUGAGUUGACAUUCAUGAUCUGGAUUGGUAAAUGCAGGACAUGCUACAAGUUAAUCUAGUCAGAAUGUAGAUUCAUUAGUUGUUGAUCAUGCUCAUCUUUUUUUUACGGGGAGUUGAUCAUGCUCAUCUGAUGUAACAUUGCAUACAUAGGGAUGUGGAUUUUUAGAACAGCUGCACCCCGGCCCUUGUAUCCUGGAUGUCCAAUCUUGCUUUAAGA